GAAUUAUUAACUAUGUGGUAUCCUGUGACUGUUGUAGAAGUGCUUUGCUGCGAGUUUAAGUUUCCUACUGCUAGUAACCAUUGGGCUACAGAUUGAAAGCAAAACAAUUUUCAAAAGCAAACUCUGAAAUACAUGUAAUUAUUGAAGCAAGCGUUGAUCAAUGUUUUCUGUAGAAAUUAUGCAUGGAUGAUGUGUCCACACAGCUCAGAGGAUCUAACAGCUUGGCAGUCUGACAUACAGUAGGCACUGGACUGUAUGUAAAUAGAAAAUUUUGUUUAAAGGGAACAUCUCUUAAAUCAGAAGAAUGACAGGGCACUCAGAGGAAGAGGACACAUCUCAGAUUAUGAAACAAUUUGAAGAAAAACGUGUAUCAUUUCCUCCAGAUGAGGAGAUGGUUUCUGCUUUUGUGGAGAGCCGAGACGAGCUUCGAGAAGCUGACAGUCUUACUCCGACAGAUAUAAUUCUGGCCUAUAUUCAGAGCUGUGAGAAACACAAGGUACAACCAAACCCAAAGGCUCUUGAUCAAAUUAAGGAAAUAACCUGUGUUACUGACAGAGCCAGGUGCCUUGACCUAUCUGGUGAGCGGUUAGAUUAUUGCUCCUGUGAGUCUCUCGAAGAGAUCCUGAAAUCAGUGCAAUUUGAUUUUAUCAGUCUGCGGGGGGCCGAGCUGGAGGAAAAUGGAGCGUCGUCUUUGCUGGAUAUGUUUUUGUACUAUGAAUCUGCUACACAUCUUGAUGUGUCCUCAAAUUCAGGCAUGGGGUUCUCGGGUUGGCUGUCACUGUCGCACCUUCUCAAACAGAGCGGAUGCCUGUGGAGGCUGGAUGCUUGCAACAUGCCCAUGGUGGACUAUGCGGCACAGGCUUUGUCAAAAGCCCUUCUCACCAGCAGGCUGACAGUGCUACACCUCGAAAACACCCGCCUCAGCGGCAAACCUCUCUUCACACUUGUUGGUGCUCUCAAAAGGAACGGCGCUUUGCAGGAGCUUUACCUCGGCGAAAACAACUUCAAUGGCUACCAGGACUCCAUGCAACUUGGUGACCUGCUCAAAUACAACAGCACUCUCAAAACCUUGGACCUAAGCAACAAUUCUAUAUCGGAUUCAGGCCUGGAGGAGAUUUGCGACGGUUUGCGCUUUCAGAAGACCGGUUUGAGAACGCUGACACUGAGUAACAAUCAAAUCACUCAUCAUGGCAUGAGCCAUCUACAGAACGUUCUGCCUUGCUUAAAAACGCUCGAAACAUUAAACCUUGGCAAAAACAGCCUUGAGAACAGAGGCAUUCACACGUUAAAAGAGUCCCUCAUGAUCAAUCGCUCUUUAUUGCAACUUGGCUUAGCAUCUACAGGAAUAACAUGCGAGGGUGCUGUGACUUUGGCUGAGAUCCUUGCUGAAAACCUACAGAUCCAGCGUCUGGACGUUCGACACAACCAGAUGCUCGCUGGGGGGCUUAUGGCUCUGUCGCUGGCGCUGAAGAUCAACCAUUCACUUAUAAGACUGGACCUGGACCAGCACCUAAAAGAAGAGAAGGAGGAGUUCCUGAUCGACACGCAGAAGGUGCUACUAAGCAGGAUUUCCGAUCUGUGCGCAUCAAACGCGAUGACUGCCAAAGACACGGCCCUGCGGCCCGCUGCUCCAGGUCCUCCAGACCUCAGCGAGACCACCCCUACUCUCCCCGACUCUUCUCCCCACCCAAACAGCCGACUAGAAGACAUAUAAGCAUAAUAAUUCUAUCGCAAAUAAUGAUAACCAUAAAACUCCAAAUCCUUGUAAUAAAGCCGAAGCCUCUCUCCCUAAUGAAACAGUGGCCCUCCUGCUGUUUGCCAUCUAAUGUUCCCGUUGAGGCUUCCUCCACUUUCCAUAAAGCAAUUUUGCAAGCCCACUCCCAACGUGAUUCAUCUAGGAAUGAAGAGAACUGCUUGGAAGCCUCUCUUUUCUCUCCCUCCAUCUCUCUUCACGUCCCUCGAGGGUGACUCUUGACUAAAUCUGUGUUGAUACAUAGGUGCGCUCCAAAUCCUGUUUGCUCGGGUUCCAUCUUCCCUAAUAUUCACACUCGUGUAUGAGGCCCCUUCCCUGCCUGCGUCUGCUAAUGUAGCGUAUCGCCGUCCGGAUGACAAGACGACAUCGCCGAGCGCCUCAGACUCUCUCUCACAUGUAUCGUUUACCGGCGGCGAAGAGAAUCACAAUGUGUGGGAAGGAGAACAUAUGUUAAAUUUAAGAAGCUGAGAUCUACCUCUGCGCAGGGGCUUAGUUUACACGCGCCGUUCAACGGUAGCCAGCAACAAAGGAAUGUGUCACGGAGGAGAAACACAGAGGAAGCCUUGUACCCCCCCUCCGUUUCUUAUGGUUUACAUUGUAAAUGCACAUGAAAAGGUGUUGUAUGAGAAAAUACAGGCGGCUUUUAUGAAACGUAGACGAAGUACCUUCUGCUGCCCGACAAAAUGUGUCUUAAAAUUUAAGGUAAUUAUGAAUUUGCUUGGUGAAUUAAAAACAACCUUGGUUUGCAAUAAAUUUGAGCUUGAGAUUGUAAAUUUAAUUUAAGAUCCUUACUUGGGUUUGUAAUUACUGUAUGUGAGUUUUUUCAAUUAUAUUUAAUUUCACAAACACAUGCCAUUAAUUGAGUAACAGUUAAUGGGGUUUAGCUAGUAAUUCUUACAAAAAAUAGCAAACAUUUCUCCAAAAACUCGAAUAAGAAACUGUAAGAAAUGGAAAUUGUUCAUCACCAGCACGCAUUGCAUAUCAAAACCUACAGUAUUCCACACCCCAGAUUUCUUUUCUUAGCAAAUCCCAAAAUUACUCAAACAUUUCUUGAUUGACAGACGAGGGCGGAUAACUGUAUUUAGCCAGGGACGAUCUUUCCUCGUCUGCCGUGAUUUGGGUCUCAUGGAAGAUCGGCCCCCCGGUGUCUGCCCCCCUUCCUCUCCCGGCACGGGGCAGGGGCAGAUUGACAGAACAGCAUGGGGGCAGCCGCCGCUGUGCCAACAGCCCCCCCACGCUCUACCUGAUGUUUUUAACAAAGGCUUCCAUCUUACCAACUCUGCCGAACAUCGCCCAGCCAGCUUCAACCCACCCCGGCUCUACAACAAACAGACUUUGAAACCCGAUCGCGAGGAUGUUUGGAACAGAUGCGCAGACGCUCGGAGUGAUGCGGCCUGUACGGCUGUACUCAAAGAUAACAUGUCAAACAGUUUUUAGUGCAGAGCCCAAAAAAUUGGACGGUUGUAAGUGAGCACCUGGUGACAAUUGACAGGAGGAUAUUAUGGCAUGUUUUCUAUGAUGUAUGUUUUUAUUUAGGGUAGACUGGGGCUAGUUGUCACACUUUUUAUUUCAUUGAUUAUUUUUGGUAAUAGGUUCUUUUUUGAAAAUCAAUUUCUGUACAGGCACAUAAAAUCACGCUAUAUGGCGUAAACUGUCAUAAUAGAAGCCUGUUAAAUAUACAGUGUGAAUAUUUACAUGGGAUGGAAAGUUAGUGCACAAUACAAAAUAUUGCAUUUGAAAUAAAACAAUUAAUGAAACGGCAACAAUGGCACGUGCCAAAAUAUCAAAACAAGUCUGUUUAUAAUUACAGCAUUUAAAUUGUGUGACAACCCACCCCAACCUAAAAUAUAUGAAAUAUAUCAUUUAUCUUUAAAUAGUACAUGUAUGUAUUUAUUAUAUCCUGCCUUGUAUUGUAACAGUAUAUUUUACAGUUGUUUACCUAAGUUGAUAGUUUGAAGGAUAGAAUUUGCAAAAAUCAUUUAAAUCAAUUUAUCAUGUGACUUCUGUUUACUUCGAGGAUAGAUACUUAAUUUAAUAUGUCCAGACAUCCAGAGAAGACCUUCUAAAAGAGAUAGGCUUACACGUGUUGCAAAGGUUGAAUUUAUCUCAGUAAUCAUUAUCUUUGACAUCAUGGUAAGCAAUCAUAGAUGGCACUUCACGACAUUAAUAAUGCACAGUAUUGUUCUUACUGACCCCUUCCUAGUCGUCUUCAAUCACUAGAAAAUCUCACUGACUUUCCAAAGGGACGAUGCACACACACACUUCUUGGAGGUGUUCCCCCGUUUUGAUGAAUCUCCGGUCUGGGUACCAGCAUCCCUGCUGUACGUGUCUUUGCCUCUCCUCCUUCCUUCCUCCUGUCAACACGAUGAUGCGCGCAAUCCGUCGCUGGGUACCGCUGCGCUCCUCACAGCGUCCUCUGGCCUCACCCAUCUCCUCUGUAAGCCUGUGGGGUGCUUCACUUCAGAGUGAUCUUUAAUACUUAUUGGUGAUGUGUUUUAUAGAGAAAAAUGAUUUGUCUACUGUACGUCUUGGCAAUUUUGUAGUUUCUGCCGUUUGCCUGCAACGUACCUUCCAUUGUAGACAUCUACAAUAUUAUUUUGAUACAAAGUUAGU